CAGUCGCUGGUCUGUCGCCUCAGCGAAUCGGUAGAAAGAGUCAAACAAUUGCCGCGUUAUUCAUUGCCACCCACGUCGUUCGUUCGUCGGGGAUGAUCCUCGGUCACGGCACAUCCUUUCACCGUCGGGGGCAUCCUUAUAUAUACAACUAUUCGAUUGGGAUUCACCUCGCAAUUGUUCGAGGCUUGGCAAUAAGAGCCAACAACUGAGAGGAUUCGAUCGUUUUGAAGAAUCAGUUUAAAGAGUCAAUCAAGAAUUUGAUAUUAAGUGAACGCGGGAUGAACCGAUUGUCAGUGUUCGCUUUUCUAAUCGCAACGAGCAUUAUUGGAUUAGAGGCGUACGGAACAAAUAGCGGAAGUGCGUCUGCAAGUGCAUCUGCAAGCGCGUACGCGAGCGCGGGAGCGUUUCCAUUCAGUAAUGGGUUCACCGGAAUCGGAAGUUCUCCUGGUACCGGUACACACGACGGACACAAAGGAAUUCGUAGCUACGACAGUUCCGGUAGUGGCAAUCGAGACGCUGGAGUAAAAGGCAAACACGGAAACCCUGAUUGCGCGAAAUGUAAAUGGGAAGAUGAUGAUUACUGGGAAAAAGAGGAAGACGAAACUGAGCCUGAAGAGGACGAUUGCGACGACGGUGACGAUGGACAGUACAGAGAGCAUGAACACGGAGGCAAAUCGCCUCCAGGAGUCCAUAAGAUAGGAGCGCCUACGGGAACGUUUGCUGGAAGUAGUGGAAAUGCGGCAAGUGGUUCACCAUUUGGUUCUGCAACUCCGAGCGAAGGUCCUUCUUGGCAGCCAGGAUCAAACACUGGUGCUUAUGGCGUUGGACCGCAACAAACAGGAGGGUAUCCUGGUGCAAAACCUCAGAGUGGAAUUCCAGGAAGUCAAGGAUAUCCAGGAUCGACACAAGGCAGUCCUUCUGGACCUUCGUAUAACCCCGCGGGACCACAUCCAGGAUUGCCUAAAACCGGAUAUGGACCACAGAGUCCUGGUCAUCCUGGACAGAAUCAGCCAACUAAUCAACAGCAACCUGGUUCGGGAUGGAACGCAGGUCCUGGAAAUACACCAAACACGGGCGCGCCGAGUGGAAGUUGGAAUAAUGGACCCCAAACAGGUUCUGGAUGCUCUGGCAGUCAUCAACCCGGUGCCGGUUGUGCUCAAGGUCCGAGUGGCAAGGGCCCUGUGAAACAGUCUCUGAUACCAUUCGCCGUAGUAGGCGUCCCGAAUCAAGGAUCUCCCGAUUAUUCAACGAACCCUACUGGAGGAUGUUCUGGAGGCCCUUAUGCUGCGUGUGGAAGUCCUGGAGGUAGUCCUCCUGGACCUGGCUAUGGUCCAACAGGACAAGGACAUCCAGGAAGUGGAACACCGCAAACCAAUUAUGGUCCUAGCACAGGACCUCAAAGUGGAACUCCAGGUACCUCUGGUUAUCCUGGGUCGCCAUACGGACCUUCUGGACCUUCGCACGGUCCUGCAGGGCAACAACCGGGAAGCGGAACACCACAAACCGGAUAUGGUCCGAGUAAAGGACCUCAAAGUGGAACUCCAGGUACUUCUGGUUAUCCUGGAUCACCGUACGGACCUUCUGGUCCUUCGCACGGUCCUGCAGGGCAACAACCGGGAAGCGGAACACCACAAACCGGAUAUGGACCGAGUAAAGGACCUCAAAGUGGAACUCCAGGCACCGCUGGCUAUCCUGGAUCGCCAUACGGACCUUCUGGUCCUUCGCACGGUCCUACAGGACAACAACCGGGAAGUGGUGCGCCACAAACUGGAUAUGGACCGAGUACAGGACCUCAAAGUGGAACUCCAGGCACCUCUGGUUAUCCUGGAUCACCGUACGGACCUUCUGGACCUUCGCACGGUCCUACAGGAGAACAACCAGGAAGCGGAACACCACAACCCGGAUACGGACCGAGUAAAGGACCUCAAAGUGGAACUCCGGGCACCUCUGGCUAUCCUGGAUCGCCAUACGGACCUUCUGGUCCUUCGCACGGUCCUGCAGGGCAACAACCGGGAAGCGGAACACCACAAACCGGAUAUGGACCGAAUACAGGACCUCAAAGUGGAACUCCAGGCACCUCUGGUUAUCCUGGGUCGCCAUACGGACCUUCUGGUCCUUCGCACGGUCCUGCAGGGCAACAACCGGGAAGCGGAACACCACAAACCGGAUAUGAGUCGGGCACGGGACCAUAUGGAAAACCAGGAAGUACUCCUGGAUUCCCACAAAACCCAAAUGUGAAUGCUGUGAGUUCUAGCGUGGCUUUCGCCAACGCGGGAAGUACGACGCCUGGAAGUGGACCAACAUUUGGGUCGUCAACUUCUGGAUCUCCCUACAAUAACUCCCCGUUUGGAACACCAAGUUCUCCUGGCUUUCCAAACAGUCCUCAAGGAGGUCAUAAACCGGGAUAUGGUGUCAAAGGAAAACCUGGACCUGGCGGGAAACCAGCACCCAAAGAAGGCGAUAGCAAGAUUUUUUAUAUAAAUGUAAAUCCUGCGCCGGGAAGUCCCGUGGGAGUUAAGCCUCAUACAACUCCAAGUGCACACUUUCCUAGUACCGGGGGUUAUCAACCUGGACCUGACGAAGGAACUGGAACUAAUAAGCCCUCUUAUCAACCUGGUCCACACGGAAGCACUGGAACCACCAAAUCUCCAUAUCAGCCUGGUCCUUAUGAUGGUCCCGGAUCAACUAAACCUUCUUACCAGCCUGGUCCAUACGGAGACGCUGGAACCACUAAGUCACCUUAUCAGCCUGGUCCUUAUGAUGGUCCCGGAUCAACUAAACCUUCUUAUCAACCUGGUCCAUAUGGAAGUACUGGAACUACCAAAUCUCCUUAUCAACCUGGUCCCGGAUCAAUUCAACCUUCGUAUCAAUCUGGUCCUGGAGGGGUCGGAAGCGGUCCGCAAGGUUGUGCACCAGGUAUCAGCGGUUGUUCGGGUGGUUCGAACAUUCCGACAUACGACAGUAAAACUGAGAACGUGAAUAAAAUUCCCGGAGGUGGGUCCUACCCACACAAUCCUUAUCUAAAUGGAAAUAUUCCUGUUCCAUCAGUUGAUUCACGUCCCACGAGUAACAUUUUGCCACCGCCUGCUACCAAACAAAUCGGUUAUGGAAAUCCAUUUUUGCAAGGAGGUGUUGGCGCCGCAGCGGGAGCUGGAGCCCUUAGCUAUUCUUCCGGUUCCAAUACCGGUGGUUUAACUUGGCAAUCUAGCAACGUCUUUCCUUCGCCAGACGGUGGAUCGUCGAAACCCAUCGGCGGAGGCAGUCCUUUGCACGGACCUGGAUCUGGUCCUCUCGGAGGUCAAGGACAACAUCCUCCAGGCAGUUCGCGAGGAGACAUAGGCCCACCUGAUGGAUCUCUUGCCCCGGGUACGGGAACAUACUCAAGCGAUGGAACUCAUACGGGAAGUACGACUUUUUCCGAUAAUUAUCCCGGCACGGUUGGUCCUUCGGGUUCUUCAGGUGUGAAGAGUCCAAUUGGAACAAAUCUAGGAUCGGGAACAGGAGGAGGCAUUGGAAUCGGUCCUCAAGGUUACAGCGGUUCGCUUGAUGGACAUGGAACAAGUCCUUUCGGCGGAGCGUUUGCCGGUGCUGCUGCUUCUAGCUACGCCGGUUCUGGAGUGCCAGGCGCAGGUUUGGGACACCCUAACGGCGGAAGUUGGCCCUCAGCCGGAGCUCAAGCCGGAAGUGGUUCCUGGGCUUCGAGCGGAGCUUCCGCUUACGCUAGUAGCAGCGCAAGCAGUUUUGCAGGUGCCUCGCAAAUUCCUAUAAAAGGAUAACCAUUGGAUUCAGAGAAUUUAAACGCCGUUUCCUCAAACUACAUUUACUGUAUCAUAUCUAUUUUAUAUUAUUGCGGAUAAUUUAUUUCUCGUAUCCGUCGAAUUCACGCGAGAAGCCUCACGAGAAUGGAAUUAUGUUUUCUUCUUUGUAGGAGAAUCCUACGCGUUUACUUAGAUAAUUGAUACAAGCCGAUUCCUCGAAGUGAUUGUAUUAUCCUAUUAUUACGUGGAGAUCGCUAUCAAGUUGAUGUUCAGCUAGAUAAUGAUAUAACUGAUUCCUCUAAGUGAACAUACCAUGUUUUUUUAUCAUUAGAAUCGAAUGAAUAAAUAAAGAAUUUUAAAAAGAA